AUGGCUACUGCGACACAAAUACCAACCACCUACCCCAACGCCUUCAAUAUCCCCCUUGACCUCAACCACCCACUGAGCCCCAACCGUGCCCUAGCAAUCCGUCUCCCCUCGCCUUUGACCACCCACAAACCCUCCUCAAUCCAAGAUCUCACGACACUACUUCCGUCCCUCUACAGUCCAACACAAGGAAUCACCAAUGAACACCUCCUAUCAGCACACAAAGCGACCAUCAUCUCGCCCUCGCCACCAAUUGACUAUGUCCUCGAGAAGCAGAAUCUCUUGGGCACGCACCUUGCAAUUCUCGACGCCGAAGGAAACGAAGUAGCCGAAUGGCGACUGCCUGUCCUAAGGUUCCGAAGAGGAGUUAGAAAUGUCGUUGAAGUCAAAUUCCCUCGCGGCGGUGGUGAAGCGGAGGUAAUGGAGAUGAGAAGAUUAACGGAGGGAAAGGGCAGGGAGAAGGAGAAGGAGUUGCCGGUUCCGAUUGGAACGCAUCACCACCAUGUUCAUCAUCGGGAUGCCGAGAGCUUUGUUGAGGAUGGUAUUGCGUUUCUUUGGGAGGCGGAGCCGGAGGCCCUGUAUCAGAAGGCUUUGUUCAAGGUGAUCCAUGAUGAGAAUGGCAAGGCGAGGAAGAGAGAGGUGGCUAGGUUUGGACAGCAGAAUCCAAAAAUAAGGAGGGACUGCUGGUACUUGAUUCGAGGGAGGCGGAUGAGUUGAUUGUGGUUUUGACGAUUUGUGCUAUGGUGGAGGCGAAGGACUCUUUCCUGAAGUAGAAAAGCGAGAUGUCAGGUUCCUCCUGGAUUUGGCAUUUGGAGGCAGGAAUUAGGGUCAGAACGGAAGUUUCAGCGUCUACUUUGUUUCUUUUGAAAUUAGCAUUAGAUUUGGAGUCUUUAAGAGGGAAGGCGAUACAGCAUUUCACGGAAAGGUUGCCAAAGGCUGGUGUCAGCAAUUCGACAAUCUGGAAUGGACCUAAAAUAUCUUGAUACCUUAUUGAUGAC